AUGGACAGCCUCAAGACUCCAACACGAAAGCGCAAGUCGCCCACUUACGCGAACGAAAAUGCCGUUCUCACCGCCGCCGCGAAAAUCAGCUUCGGUACGCCCUCGACAGUCGAGCGACGGUCAGCAACCUUCGAGGCAAAGACGCCGAUGCACGAAGCGAAGACUCCGAUGAUUCGCGCAGCAUUUAGAAGAUCUGCAGACGCGUCCGGAAGUCCAACGGCACCGCCAAAAGAGCCUGCGCCUUCAGCAUCACGCAAUGGACGACGAAAAUCGCGUAGACAAAGUUACUUAUAUGCUACGAAGAAUGCGCAGAUGCAGCGCGAAGUGGAGAAUGACCUGGAGCAGGCGCGACGGGAUGAGGAGGAUGCCAAGUUAGCCACAGGAGAUGCAAUGGGUAUGGAUGGGGAUGAGGAAGCUGGAUUGCUUUUUUUGGAGGCGCCUGGGAGUGUGGAGCGACGAAAGAGGAAAAGCAUGGACCGCACAGAUGAUCUUACGGCUGCCAUGCGAGGAAGUCCGUUGCGAUUCACGU